UCAUCCACCCAUGCAGAGAAGAAUUUCUGGAGGAGACAAAUAGUGAAGCAAAAAGAUUUGAUUACAAAGGCAGAGAGAGAGAGAGAGAGAUAACAUGUUCAUGGGAAACACAGGCUUCUCCAGAACACCCCCAUGAAGUGAAAGAGGGACUCACACACCCCAAAUUGAGGUUAUAGCUGCCAGGUGCUCCACUGUGUCCAAAUGGAAAAGACAGAGACCCGACAAAGGAGGCCAGAUGAUCUGGGGCUCCCUCAGGCCCACCUCAUAGGCAGAGUCCCUGCAGCCUCAGAAGAGGGACUUCUUAGUACUCCUGAAAGCCCAAGGCUUGUCACAAAGCACCUGGGACCUGACCUUAGCAAAGAGACUACCUGGUCUAUUGUUCUUCAGGUGACAGUGCCCUUCAUGUUCUCAGGCCUGGGGAUGUCUGGGGCCGGCAUGCUUUUGAACUAUUAUCAGCACUGGCCGGUGUUCACAGAGGUACAAGACCUUCUGACCUUGGUACCUUCCUUAGUGGGCCUGAAGGGGAAUCUAGAGAUGACACUGGCAUCACGACUGUCCACUGCUGCCAACACUGGCCAGAUUGACGACCCCCAAGAGAAGCACAGAAUCAUCAGCAGUAACUUGGCUCUUAUUCAGGUACAGGCCACCGUGGUGGGGCUCCUGGCCGCCCUGGCUGCAUUGUUGCUGGGUGCUGUGUCCCGGGAGGAACUGGACCUGGCCAAGGUGGAGCUGCUAUGUGCCAGCAGUGUCCUCACUGCCUUUUUCGCUGCCUUUACCCUAGGCCUGCUGAUGAUCUGUAUAGUGAUUGGUGCCCGAAAGCUGGGGGUCAACCCCGACAACAUCGCCACUCCCAUUGCAGCCAGCCUGGGAGACCUUGUCACCUUGUCGAUACUGGCGCUAGUUAGCAGCUUCUUCUAUAAACACAAAGACACCCGGUACCUGAAGCCUUUGGUCUGCGUGUGCUUCGUCGCUCUAAUCCCCGUGUGGGUGCUCAUUGCCAAGCAGAGCCCCCCCAUCAUGAAGAUCCUGAAGUUUGGUUGGGUCCCUAUUAUCCUGGCCAUGGUCAUCAGCAGCUUUGGAGGGCUCAUCCUGAAUAAAACCAUCUCAAAGCCUCCCUACAAAGGCAUGGCCAUAUUCACUCCCAUCAUCUGUGGUGUUGGUGGCAAUCUAGUGGCCAUACAGACCAGUCGCAUCUCCACCUACCUACAUAUGUGGAGCACACCAGGAAUCCUGCCUAUCUGGAUGAAAAAGUUUUGGCCUAACCCGUGCUCUACAUUCUGUAGCUCAGAAACCAAUUCCAUGUCAGCCCGUGUCCUGCUCUUCCUCGUGGUUCCAGGCCAUCUGAUUUUCUUCUACAUCAUCUACCUGGUGGAGGGCCACUGGGUCACCAACAGCACUAUCUUUGUGGUGCUCUACUUGCUGGCAGGCCUCAUCCAGGUGACGAUCCUACUGUACCUGGCAGAUGUGCUUGUUCGGCUGACGUGGCACCAUGCCCUGGAUCCUGACAAUCACUGCAUCCCCUACCUCACAGGGCUGGGGGACCUGCUUGGGACAGGCCUCCUGGCCCUGUGCUUCCUUAUCAGCUGGCUGUGUAGGGGCAAAGCAGAGCUGGAGGGCCUCUCAGGAGCUGUGCCCCAUCCCUAAUAAUCUUGGGACCAGGCUCGCACUGUAGAAUCUGUCCACCCCAGCUGGGCCCUCAUGGACUUGACACCUCGAGGAGCCCAUGGGUCUUGGCUGUUGAAAGGAAGCCCACUGGACUCUGGACUUAGGAAACCUGCCUUGCUGGAGACCCGGCCUCAGGAACUUUGUCAAUAUACAUUUAAAGUGCCUGUGGGUGCCUACUGGUGAGGGUGGGAUGAGCCUGAGUGCUCGAUACAGGGCAUGUAUAUGCUCACAGGCCUCUGGCCCAAACACACAGAAGGAAGAAGCAUUUCCAAAGUCCUUUGGAUGUGGUAUAUCCCUAUUUUGCUGGUGAAGAUUAAGGAAGAGGCUUAUCUGCUGUUCCUAGCGUUGGGACUCUGGAGGUAAAUUCACCUUCAUGAGCCCUAGAAUAGGUCCACUUUGCUGCUAACCUCCUACCGCACCCUUCCUUGGCACCCCUUGCCCUGUUUUUGGCAUCACUGUCACUAUCCACCCAUUUUAUUUUUAAUCCUUUUUUUAAAAAAAAAAA